UUAUCAGUUGUGAGAUGUUCUCUGUGGUCAGAUCAGUAUCAAAGCAAAAGAUUAUUUACGAGAGAUAAGAGUUCAAAUCUUGCGAUGGUGUUUUAAAUUUUUGAAAACUAGUUUUUGAAAAGUCCGAUCUUCGAUUUAUUGGUAUUUGGGAUGUAUAGUGUUUGGGAUUUUCUCUUACCUCUUUCAUCGCUAUUCUUCUUCUUAUGGCCAGCAAGUGGUGGAACUGUCGUCGGCAAGGAUCCCUUCAUGUGCCAGUCUCCUCAGAGUGCCAUAUCGUGUCUGGUGGAUCCCUACUUUCAAUACAAAUGCAAGGACACCUGCAGCACAUCCCAGGCACUGCAGGACGAAGUGGGAUACCCUGAGUUGUUCUCACUUCCAGCGCUAGUUGUGCUUAGUGCUUCAUCCGUGGAUUCCUUAUCGGCAUUUGGGGGCGUAGAGUGCACAGAUAGUGCCCCCUACUGUGCCCUCAUCACCAUCUCCAUCGGGGGCUUCUUCAGGUGUACCACCUCCCCCAUUGUGAGACUGCAGUGUCCCAAGUCAUGUGGAUUGUGCCCCAAUGAGAAAGCUACCGAAGCCUUAUCACCUCUCAAGAAAGAUGGCGACACAGUAUAUGCCUCCCUCCUAUUUGAAGACAUUCCAGUCUUAGAUGAUUGUGCAGACACCUCCCCCCUCUGUUUCACUGUGUUUGCCCAGUAUGCGUGUCUAAAUGACCCCCACUUCCAGAAACAGUGUCCUCAGACAUGUGGCUUGUGCCAACCGCCUCCAAAAACAUCUAAUGUAGCGGAACUAGAAACUGGUUGUCGGGACCUCGGAGUGUCUUCUUGUAAGUGGAUUCCAGACAGUAUGUGUUCAUACCAAGGAGUCCAGAUCCAGUGUCCUUCCAAAUGCGGACUCUGCGAGGGAAGUGCGAGGAAGGGACUGGAAAAGAUGACUGACCUUGAACUUAUUAUGGAAGAGGAGUUUCUCCAGGUUCAAUAUAAAGAUGAUGAUUUGAAUGAUGUGGAUAACUCGACGACGACGACCAGUCAACAAACAACUACAACUUUAAUUCCAACAACUGUCAUCCCGACAACCGAAGGAACAUCGUCAACGUCACUGACUGACACGACAACAGCAUCAUCAACUACUGAGGAAGCUACGACAACGGAAACAGAGCAGACAACUCAAACUUCCUUUCCCACCACUACGUCGACCGCAACUCCCGAAGAGUGUGAGGAUAUUUUGCCGCCGUUUCUCUGCAAGGCCUUCUGGGCCAAGUUUGCUUGUGCUGACAACACCAGUGACUUCCCUGUGAAGUGCAAGAAGAGCUGUGGAUUCUGUCCCUCCGAUUUAGUCACCACUACCCAAGCAUCCGAUGAUUGUACCGAUCUCUACCCCUCUUUCGUCUGUCACGCUUUCUGGGCUAAGUUUGCAUGUGCCAACAAAGCCAGUGGGUUCUAUCGCAAAUGUCGCCAGUCAUGUGGAAAGUGUGACAAGAAACCCUUUUGGCCGCAUGAUGAGUCGGAAAAUGCUCAAGAGGAAUCGGAAAAACCGAAGAGCUAUGACUUGAUGUCACGUGAACUGCAGAAGUUGGAAGCACUGUUGGCUCAUUACUACCUCAAAUUAGAACAAGUUCCCGGAGAAACAUUCGACUACGAGAAGCCCGAAGUUUGUCAUUCCGACUACAUGACUCAAUUUGGAUGUGUUUACGAUGUCGUUUCAAGUGUGUUCUGCAAAGAAACUUGUACACACGUGGUGCAGAACUUUGCAGCACAUCCUGGUCUUUUUCAGAAACUUGCGGAACACCCAGAUCUUGUUAAAUCCGGUGCGGAACGCCAGAAUGUAAAUCUCAAAGUCGACAUCAUAGACGCCAUUCCGGCUGAUGAAAAAGAAAACUCUAAGACUAAAAUGUCCGGUCAAUUACGAUCAAGUGCUCCAGCGCAACUUCCUGCCAUGGUCAAAAUGGCAUCCAACCAGAAAAAAAGUGUCGACCAAUUGAGCUAUCGUGACAAGAUGACCAAUCGAGCAACCGUGAUUGGAUGUGCACUAGGCAUUGUAGCAUUUGUGUCACUUGUGGUAGGACUCUCCUUCAGAGUCAUAGCUGGCCGACACACUCGUAGAGCCUAUACUCAAAUUUGAAGACAAUCUCAUGUAUUGACCUGUGUAUAUCUACGCUUCAUUCAUAAUUGAAAAAUCUAUACUAAAUAUUUUGUAGUCAUGAAACAAUUUCAAACUUUUCUCUAAAGAAGCCUUGUAUUUUAGUUUUAUAUAAUUGAAAGCUUUGCAUA